UGGAGUCUCUGCCAUGGCUGCAGCUCAGAGUCCCGUCCGCGAUCUCUGUGAGGAAGCCACUUGCCCCAUCUGCCUGGAGUAUUUCAGGGAUCCAGUGAUCAUUCAUGAAUGCGGGCACAACUUCUGCCGAUCCUGCCUGAUCCAGUGCUGGGAGACAUCCGAGGGAGAGGCUUCCUGCCCUCAGUGCAGGGAAACGGUUGAGCAAAGCAGCAUCACGAGAAACCAGCAGCUGGCAAAUUUUGUAGAAAUAAUUCAGAAAUUCAGCCACCCGGAGGGGAAAGAGGAUGGAGAAGGAAAAGGAAGAGUCUGCCAGAAGCACCAGGAGCCCCUGAAGCUCUUCUGCAAGGAGGACGGAAGCCCCAUCUGUCUGGUGUGUGACAGAUCCAAGGAGCACAAGAAACACGAGGUGGUUCCUCUAGAGGAGGCGUCCCAGGAGUACAAGGAUCAGAUCAGCAGCUGCCUAGACAAUGUGAGGAAGGAGAGAAUGAAAAUUCUAGUACUUAAAGCAGACACAGAAAAGGAAAGCCAAGACCUGCUUGUAAGCACCAUUGUUACUUUAAGAAACAAACAGGUGCAGAGAGGGAAAAGAUGGUGGCUGAGUUCAGGCGACUGCACCAGUUUCUGGAAGAACAGGAGAAACUUCUUUUGGUCCAGAUGGCAGAAGUGGAGAAGGAGAUUGCAGCAAAAAGGGAGGAGCACCUGGCCAGACUCUCCGGGGAACUCUCCUCUCUUGGCAGCCUCAUCCGGGAGAUGGAGGAGAAGCUUCAGGAACCAGCAAGUGAACUCCUGCAGGUCUCAGGAAAAGGAGAACUUAGAGGAUCCUCCUGUGGCUUUUCCUCCUGCCCUGAAGUGGAGGAUCUGGGACUUCUGCGAUAUAAAUCCCUUCCUGGAGGGUGUCAUGAACCAAUUCAAAGACACUCUGGACUCUGGACUUGAGCAGCAUCAAGAAAACGUAACAUUGGAUGCAGACACAGCAAAUCCCUGGCUCUCCAUCUCUGAGGAUCGAAAGAGUGUGCGAAGGCGGAAACUGUGUAAAGACCUGCCAGACAACCCUGAGAGAUUUGAUACACAUGGCUACGUGCUGGGAUGUGAGGCUUUCACGACAGGCAGACAUUUCUGGGAGGUCAUUGUGGGAAGAGAGGAGGGGUGGAGGGUGGGGGUUGCCAGAAAGUCUGUGAAGAGGAAGGGCAAGUUACUUUUUGCUACUAGGGAAGGGAUCUGCGGUUUGGGGAAGUGGGGCGGUUUGUACAAGUUCUGCUCUCCCUGUAAGGCCCCUGUUCCAAGUGAGGAGCCCAAGAGGAUCCGAGUGACUCUCAACUGUGAAGGGAGACGGGUGUCCUUUUAUGAUGCAGAUACAGCAGCCCUCCUCUGCACAUUCCCAGCAGCCUGCCUUUCAGGAGAGACCCUCCAGCCCUACUUCUUUGUGAGGGAGAAAGGGAACCUGAGACUCUCUUGACUGAUGGUGCAGACAGAGAAGCGUAUAUUCAUUGUCAUUAUGACAUAUUCAGUCUCCUCUUCAGGACUUAGCUGACAGGCACUUGAGAAACCAUAUUUGCAGAACUGUGAUUGCCCAUCCCUUGUGUCAGUCGUGAUGCAACUCUCCCUUCUUGUUCCAGCUUCAUAAAUGACACUGAUUGAUUGGGUCCCUUGUCAAUACCCAAACUUGCUUGUUCUGUCUCCCUUGGGAACCGGCUAUUUCUGUCAGUGCAGGAGGUGCAAAGAUGGAAAGAAGCAAGAAAAUAAUUUAGGAAACAACAACCCCCCCCCAAUUAUUCCUGUUUCAAUGUAGUUCUCUCUCCUACCUCAAACUCUGACUUAAGAUUUCUAUAGACAACUAGCUGACCCGGCCACGCGUUGCUGUGGUUCUUUCCUGUGAUCCCCACCCCCCACCCUGUCCCAAUCCAUGACGUAUCCUGCCCCUUCUCCCUCCACCCCGGCUCAUCCCUGUGUUUCGGUAGGAUACCCUUCCCUCUGUUGUUGCAUGGUUGAUUAUGUCAUUUGGUUUGUGGGUGUGGCUUAGAUUUCACAGGAAGGGAGGGGGGAGGAGGGUAUAACGUCACUUGAGGGCACUGUUUGACUUGGUGGAAACCCAGGUUUCUACCUGCCCAGAUGCGGAAUUUGAGGGGUUUUUUGUCCCCCUCGGGGAGUGGCCUGGAUCGUUGUGUCAAAAUUUCAGGACGAUCAGUCAAGCGGUUACGGAGAAAAGUGCGGCCGACACUUUCAAGAUUUUUACAUGUUUAUAUAUAUAGAUUGCCUUUGCAUGCUAACCCCAGAAAUGUAAACACACACACCCGGUGCAGAUCUUGGGCCUUGAUGUAACAAAAUCCCCUCAGAGUGAAGAGCCUCUUGUCAGAAGUCUGAGGAGAGAACAGUAAAAAUCUAGAGGAUUUCAUGGGGGGGGGUGUGUGUAAAUUCUCAUGUAUACAAUUAUUUUCUCCAAGGUGCUUUGUAGCGAACAGUUAGAUUCACUACAGUUAGACCUGUAUUUUCAGAGAUCCCCAGUUCUUAUCCUUUUGUAUAAGGGGCCUGAAAGAAUGUUUCCUGUGCUAACAUGUUUGAUUCUAUUCUUCUUGUUGCUCCUGUGUUGUUUCAAACUCAACGGUAUACUAUCCAUUCCCCAUGACAUUUGCUCUAGAGAUUUUUGGAGGGUCAUAAUCUGCUUGAUCCUCAGAGAAGCCCUGUGAGGUAGAAGAGGCUGAGCUGAGAAAUUUAGAAAAAUGAGACACGUUAAAAGUUUAUGGUCAAAAGGGAUUUGGACCUGGGCCUUGUCAUCCCUAGUCCAACACACUGGGCACUCAGAAUGGGUCCCUUCAGAGAUGUCCUUGAAAGCCCUCCCUGCAAACUUCCUGUAUGUUGUAGCUUCUCUUCAGACCUUCCUGUGUUGACCGUGAAUGUCUGCAGGAGCAGUCUAUCCAGAUUGAGUGAGGGGCAGAUUUCAGGGGCUUCCCUGCAUAAGCUCGUAUUUCACACCUGGAUCCAUUUCUUGAUCUCAGCAUUCCCAUUACAAACGAAAGCAAAUUCCCCAAGUCCUAGAAGGCUCAAGGUUGGGGCUAUCUGCCACCCAUAACCUGAGCAUAAAAGUUUUUCAAUAAAGGUUUUCUUCCACAUGGGCAGGUGGUAGAUGGGUUCAGUGGGGGAAAGCUAGGAGUUGUACAGCAGAUUAAAAAAAAACCACUAGCAUCCAUCCUUUCCUAUCUUUCACACUAGCAUUCUUAAAAAAUAAAAAUUUUAAAAUCCAUAUGAAAAAGGCUCUGAAGUCCAGCUACCUUCACACCUGCAGGGGGCAGCAGAGACCACGAGUCACCACUUCAAUUUCCUGGAAAGGAACCCCACCCCUUUCUUGAAUGGGCAAAAGAGAGAGUG